CAUGAACUGCUACCAAUACUCAUAUUUCUUGUAGUGCCACCACCCUCAGCACCACCACCACCACCCUCUCCAUCAGAGUCAGAGUCUAAAGGCUCAAAGACACUAAUUCUAGUUGCUACUAUACUGUCAAUUGCUAUUCUGCUGAUGCUUGGAGGAGCGGUGUAUCUGUACCAGAGAAGGAAGUAUGCAGAGUUGCUUGAACAGUGGGAACAAGAAUAUAUCCCCCAAAGGUAUUCAUUUAAGAACCUCUACAAAGCAACCAAAGGUUUCAAGGAGAGUCAUCUACUUGGAGCUGGAGGUUUUGGAAAAGUAUACAAAGGAGAACUUCUCUCCGGUACUCAAAUCGCAGUUAAGAGAGUCUCCCAUGAUGCAGAACAAGGAAUGCAACAAUACGUCGCGGAGAUCGCUAGUAUGGGAAGGCUAAGGCACAAGAACUUGGUUCAGCUCCUUGGCUACUGCAGACGCAAAGGUGAAUUGCUUUUGGUUUAUGACUACAUGCCAAAUGGAAGCCUUGAUAACUACUUGUUUAAUAAAGACAAGGUGAAAGAUGUCACUUGGUCUCAGAGAGUGAAUAUAAUCAAGGGAGUAGCAUCUGCCCUUCAGUAUCUUCAUGAAGAGUGGGAACAAGUUGUGCUACACAGAGAUAUCAAAGCUAGUAACAUUCUUUUAGAUGCCGGUCUAAAUGGAAGGUUAGGAGAUUUUGGCUUUGCAAGAUUCCAUGAUCAUGGCCAGAAUCUUGAAGCCACACGUGUGGUAGGAACCAUUGGCUACAUGGCACCAGAGCUAACUGCAAUGGGAGUGACCACUACUUGCACAGAUGUCUAUGCUUUUGGAUCUUUUAUCCUUGAGGUGGUUUGUGGGAGGAGGCCAGUAGACACUGAGAGACCACUUGAGCAAAUGAUUUUACUUAAAUGGGUUGCUAGUUGCGGAAGCAGAGAUAACUUAAUGAUUACUGUUGACAGUAAACUCGAAGGAAACUUUAAAGCUGAAGAGGUGAAGAUGCUUUUGAAGCUAGGCAUGCUAUGUUCUCAGAGCAACCCAGAGCAUAGACCUAGCAUGAGACAUAUAGUACAAUAUCUGGAAGGGAAUGUCCCUGUUCCGAGCAUAUCAUUUGAUACAGCUGGUUUUGGUAUUCCCACUAUAAGCAAUGAAACUGUAACGCAAAUGACAACCACCUCUUCUACAUCAGCUAAUUUCUGUUUCGAAGAUGUUACAAUCCUGUUUGGUGGUCGUUGAAGUCUGCAUCACAUGCUGCUAAAGCUUACAUGUAAGCUUCUUACCUUUGCUAUAUAUACAAUGUUGUCUUUUAAGUGAAUGGAAUGUAUUUGAACGUUUUUUUUUCUUCCUUUUGCCACGAUGCUGCUCAGCGAAAUGAUUGUAUUUGAAGUUUUUCUUUCUUCUUGCUACAAUGUUGUGUACGUAAUCUUGAUAUAGAUGGAUUGCAUUGUGAUGUGU